UUCAAGGUUCAGGUACACGAUGAGUUCGUAUCCAUGGGAAAUGUUGCAGUACUGAGGUGUCACGUCCCUUCCUUUGUCCGAGAGUAUAUUUCUGUUCCAUACUGGGAACGAGAAGAUGGGGUUACCAUUACGUCAUCAGUACUUCAAGGUGGCAGAUACGGUAUAUUACCAAAUGGUGACCUACACAUUAGAAAUGUGACAAUGAAGGAUGGGUUAACUGGUUAUAGGUGUCACGUGCGUCAUCGCUUGACAUCGGAUGUUACCUCUAGUACUGAUAUGGGUCGGCUGAUUAUCAACGAUCCUCGUGGUCCGCUGCCACCACAAAUAAGAGACCAGUAUCAGAGAGUGCACGCUGAACAAGGUCAGAACGUCGAGUUAGCCUGCGUUGCUCAAGCCACACCUGCCCCUACCUAUCGGUGGUACAAAGACAAAUAUUUGUUAAGUUCAACUUCUAGAUUGCUCAUCAUGGGAAACUUCCUUCUGAUAAAACAAGUGGAAGUGACUGAUAGUGGAGAAUAUUUCUGUGUUGUUAACAAUAGCGUGGGAGAAAAAUCAUUACAGAAAACACUAGUAGUGACUGCUCCGCUUUCAGUGGAAGUCCAACCUGAGACUCUUGUUGCUGACGUCGGGAAGUCGGCCAUAUUCAACUGUACAGUUGCUGGAUAUCCAGUUCUGAACGUUCAGUGGGAAAAGGAUAAACACCCUAUAACUGAAAACAGUAGAGUGAGACUUAUGAGCCGUGAAGUAUUGUAUAUCACCACUGUGAAAAGGGAAGAUCAAGGGAUGUAUCAAUGUUUUGUGUACAAUAAUCGGGAGUCUGCACAAGGAACCGCCGAACUAAAGAUAGGAGAGGUCGCUCCUUCCAUGAUGGUUACCUUUCCUGAAAGAAACCUAAAACCAGGGAUGGUUUUAUCACUGAGCUGUUCAGCAUCCGGAAACCCUCUUCCAGAAAUCACCUGGAAACUGGACGGAUUUCCAGUUCCCGAAUCCUCUCGUUUGAGAAAAGGUGACUAUGUUACGUCUCACGGUCACGUGGUUAGCUACGUCAAUAUUAGUGAUAUCAGGGUUGAAGAUGGCGGUGAAUACACGUGUAAAGCAACCAAUGCUGUAGAAAGUGUUAGUUACACAGGAAAAAUAAAUGUUUAUGGACCUCCAGUAAUACGACCAAUGGGAAACAUAUCUGUCUUGGCUGGAGACACAAAAACCCUUAGAUGUCCAGUAUCGGGGUAUCCAAUUAAAAGUAUCUCCUGGGAAAGAGAUGGCUCUCCUUUACCACUAACUCAUCGCCAGAAGAUAGAGCCAAACGGGAUGCUCAUCCUGACGAAAAUUGAAAGACCAGCUGAUGAAGGAGAAUACACGUGCAUAGCAAAAAGCCCGGAAGAUCUAACAGCAAGCGGUCGAGUGUAUGUGACGAUCAGAGUGGCGCCUCUCAUCGACGAGGAGUUUUUUCCAGAAAUUAAAACUGUGAGUCAAGGAAUGCGAGUCAAACUUGUUUGCGUUAUUGUCAAAGGAGAUGCUCCUAUUACCAUCAGAUGGACGAAAGAUGGAGCUCCUAUCGUCAGAGAACACGGAAGAAGAGUACAAAAUUUAGAAGAUUCGUCUUUACUCAUUCUGAAGAAUGUAACAUACUCAGACAGUGGAAAUUACACCUGUCUUGCGUCCAAUAUUGCAGCCACUGUUAGCAGAACAACAGCUUUGGUUGUUAAUGUACCGCCACAAUGGGUUAAAGAGCCAUCCAACACGGAUGUUGUACGAGGGUACAGGAUAUCCAUGGACUGUGUAGCAGACGGCUACCCUAAACCUCGAAUAAUUUGGAAAAAAUCUUACGGAAAAAAGCCAGUUGAAUUUAGGAACAUUGGAUCAAGUUACAGAAUACGGGUUUAUGGAAAUGGCAGUCUGUUCAUCCACGAAACUGAAGACAAUGACAGUGGUUACUAUAUGUGCCAUGCUAAUAAUGGAAUUGGUGGAGGAUUAAGUAAAGUUGUAUUUUUGAACGUUCACGCACCACCAAAGUUUGAGACGAAGUUUGGAAGCCAAGCUGUAGGAAAGCAAGAAGACGUCACUCUCAGUUGUGAUGCCAGAGGAGAACUGCCGCUAAAUGUUCGAUGGGAAAAAGAGUAUACUGUGGAAGAAGAUGUGGGUGAGGGUAUGAUCACUUCACGGCUGAUAAUCUCGUCAACAGAUCGACAGGAUUCCGCUCUUUAUACGUGUAUCGUAUCAAAUCAGUACGGCUCAGAUGAGACAAAUAUUCAGCUGGUUGUUCAAGAACCCCCGAGCCCGCCAACUAAUCUAGUGGUGAGUGAUGUAACUAGCAGGACUGUACAGUUGUCAUGGAAACCGUCGUAUAAUGGGAAUAGUGCCAUUUUGAAGUAUAUAGUGGAGUAUAAAAAUGUUUCAGGAUCGUGGGAUAAGCAAGAUUCACAUUUUGUCUUCUCCACUCCACACAUUUCAGUCACCGUUAGAAGAUUGCAUCCGGUUUCGUCUUACCACUUUCGGAUACUUGCCGAGAACUUGAUAGGACGUAGCCAACCAAGUGAAAUAGUAGAAUGUAGAACAGCCGAGGAAGUGCCAGGUGGCCCUCCAUUGAAUGUCCAUGCCGAGGCCACAGGGUCACAGUCCCUGAAGGUCACCUGGACGCCACCCAAACCAGAACUGCAGCACGGUGUCAUUCAAGGCUACUACCUAGGUUAUAAGAAAACAAACAGUGAAGAACCUUUCCAAUACAAGAGUGUAGAGAAGGCUAGUCAUGAUCAAUACACCAGUUACCUCACCAACCUAAAACGAAAUACCAAAUAUGCCGUCCUGGUGCAAGCCUUUAAUAACGUAGGGGCGGGGCCUAUGUCAGACGCAGUGCACGCUGUUACUCUGGAAGCAGCUCCCCCUACGUCUCCUGUAAUAGCCGUAACUUCAACGUCAUCUUCAACUAUAACAAUUCAAUGGAAGGUAGACACAAAUGACGUCACGUUGAAAGAUUAUGUACUACACUACAAGCACGACGGUGGGGACUGGAAAAAGGAGUCUCUGAAAACUAACACUGGCAGAUACACAUUGAAAGGUUUGAAAUGUGGCACUCGCUAUCGUCUAUUUAUGACUGCAUCCAACAGUCUUGGAACCGGAGAACCACGUGAUCCUAUUACAGCGAGAACAAAAGGAGGAGCUCCAGUGUCUCCACAGAAAGAAGCUUUCAUAAUACCGAACACAACGUUUUUCACAUUGAAUAUGGAUGCUUGGCAGAGCGGAGGCUGUCCAGUUCAGAACUUUACUGUCCAGUAUCGAACUGCUUUUCUACGUCGCUGGAAUACUGACACUGUCCCUGUAACAGGUCUACAAAAGCAUUUAGUUAUAAGCCACCUAGCGCCAGACCGUGAGUAUAAUCUACUUGUUAGUGCCCACAACGAGGCUGGUACAACAGAAGCCGAGUAUACUCUGAAGACACUGAAUUUGUCCUUGAUGACCACAAGCAUCGCGGCGCCACCUAUGCCUCCGCUUUUGGAAGAAACGUAUCUCCCAUUUUACAGGAACCUAACAGUAUUGCUACCAGUCGUUAUUUCUAUCAUCGUAUUACUGGUUGUCGUCGUUGCUGUCAUCGUUUGUCUGCGUCGUCAAACAGAUAUGAGCAGCGGAGCCAGCAGUGGAGAAAGUCAUUCCAGGAAAUGUAGACAAGUUGAUGCUGUCGGAAUGGUAGAUUUUUAUCAGAAAGGAGGAAAUGAUGUUGACUCUUCAUUAAAAACGUCGUCGUAUUUUUCUCCACCUAGAGGCAAAACCAUUAAAGUGACGUCCAGUAUCCCUCACCGACGUCGUGACGACAGUCAUGAAUAUGCUGAGCCUUAUGCUGCAGUACCGCCACCUACGUGCAUAACAGAUGAAGGCUGUCCAACAAUGUUAAGUAUUGCUACAAGGACUGAUGGCCCUUACGCCACGAUCAAAAGAAGUCCCGUAACAUAUCUACCACCCAUAAAUCAAGGUUUUAAGACUAGAUCAGGCCGACAGAUGGCACCACCCGAAAGAGUAAUAACUUGCAGUAAUUCUGGAUCUAUCCAUUCGGGUUCAAGUGGAGAUAGGCCUAGUAGUAUGUGAAAAAGUGGAAUGACCUGUUCGGUUUAUAGUGUACAUUCCACGACGAUGGCUGUUUUUUCUUCAAUUUUCUCACCCUUAUUUUAUGUAAAAAAAAUAUACUAUGUUAUUAUCUUUUGCGAAACAAGAUAUCCGUCCGCUCUCCCAAAUUCGAAAAAAAAAACGAAAGAAAUUUAAUACCACUUUAGAACAUGAAUACGUAUUAGGCUUGUGUAGGCACUUCAGCCAAUAUUUGAAGAUUUGAAGAAAGGUACAGUGCAGGACCCGAAUCUUCUUGUGACAUUUUUGCAAGUGAUAAGAUAAAGACUUAUAACUCAAAACUAAAAAAAAAAAAAUCAAGCGUGCCUCUGUGGAAAUAUCAUGAAAAAACGUGAUAGUUGUGAGCCUUUCCAAUAGAUGUCACUAUGUAAUUGUCACCCUAUUCAACGUAUAACCUCGUCUGCAAAAGAUCAGAUAUUUUAUGCUGGCACGAGCAGUUUUACUUACUUAGGAUACUGAAUGACGUGACAAGUGUUUAUUUAGUCUCUGUGAUAAGGAAACAUUCUGUGUAUUACUUUUGUCGUGAUA